AGCCACAAGGGUACUUGACAUAACAUUAAAAACAGUUAGAUACUAUAGUCAUACAUACACAAGAGGAAAAGGGAUGUUUCCAGUAUAGGAAAAACCUUGUUUGUGCAAAUACACGGAAGUAUUAAUAUAAUUCACCGUGUAAUAUUCACAGAAGUGGUUGAUGUCACAUGCACUUGAACAUCAUUGACGUUUUAUCAUGAAGCAGGAUCUCGAUUUACCAUCUGAGAUGAUGUUGUGUUCUGUUCGAUAUCUGACUGUACUUAAUAAUUAUUUAUAAUGCGAGACUAACAUCCAUGUCAUUUACAGCAAUGAGCGGAGUGCGAGAUAUACAAACAUCCGAGAUACAUGUGUGUUCUAGGAAUUAAAAGGACUUGAUUUUAAAUAUUGAAAAGUUUGAAUAUAGAAACCUGAAAAACCCACCAUAUAUACAUUUUAUGAUUACCAGGACUGUACAAUGUCACAAAAACCAAGGAUUUGACAACAUUUUACCUGCAGUCACACAGGAGAUACAUUUCUUGUAUAUGCAGGGUAAUAUUAUAGAAAUCCAACGCUGUGGUCACCAUGUCCAGAACAACAAUACUGUGGUCACUAAUAAUGUUGGUAAAGAUUGUGUUGGUCACUGCUGGUCAGUAUCAGAAAGUUCCAGAAGAGUAUCUUAAACAAUCAGGUCAAGACAACCAGAUGGUGACUAUCCAGUUUCUCAUAUGCAGUCCUCAUCAGUCUGCAAGUCAAACUGAAGGUCAAAGUCAGACUGAACGUGAAGGUCAAACUGAAUGUCAAGGUCUUCAGCAAGUCAGCAAUUGCAGUUUGCAGAUCAACUCAAAAAUCACUGAACUUUUCUUCACUAAUGCUACAAGUACCGAUGGAGGUGACCAGGAUAUCUCAACUUCGUAUCGGACACUCCUGGAUUUUUCUUCCAUCAACAAUUCCAUCAAAAUCCUUCCUAGCUCCCUUUUCAUACCAGAUCUUCUUCUCAAAGGAGCUUUUAUCUUUGACCUGCGCUGUGGGACUAUUGAGGCUGAGGUGGUAACCAUAGGACCAUCUAAGGUCACAGCAGAACCAAUCACACCAUUGACUGAAAAUAUCUCAAAUGAAACACCCUGGAUUAUCACCAUUGGAAUCCUGGCAGGGACUCUGACUAUCUUUAUCAUAGCCUGUCUGAUCUGCCAGUGCAAAAGAAAGAGGUCUAAAACAGCUGCUUUAUCUAUCAAACAAACCCAUUGCCCAAAAAAGUCCCAUAGGGAGGACAAGGAAUUUUGGCAACUGAAUCCACAGACACAAGUAAGGGAAAGAGAUUUCCAACCGGAAGACCAGCCAAAGGAUAGAAAGGAAAGGAAAAGAUAUUCCUGGAAUCUUAGACCUAAAUCAUGGAAAAUAAAAUGUAAGAAACAAACUUAUGUUAACACAGAAAUCCUGAGGAAGACGGAGCAUGGAAAAGGCAGAGAAACUGAUUCCACAAUAUCUAUUGAAAGCCAUGAUAGUUAUGUGCCCAUGGAUAAUUAUACCAAAGGAAAACAACCAAACUGUGGAAAUGAUAACAGUACAGGUACACAAUUACCGAAAAAUGACUUAAAAUUUUGUUAUUAACUAAUUAUAUGGAUUAAAAAAAUCCAUACAAUGGAAUACAAUGUAUGGAGAAAUGUUCAUAGAUACCUACAUAGGGUUGAAUACUGGGAAAAGACCAAGUAGAACACAUGGGCAGAAAGUGAAAGAAUGAAAUGUACAGUGAUGUGGGAAAGUGCAUACAGUGAUGUCGGAAAGUACAUAGUGAUGUGGGAAAAUGCAUACAGUGAUGAGGGAAAGAACAUACAGUGAUGUACUGGAAAGUACAGACAGUGGUGUGGGAUAGUACAUACAGUGAUGUGGGAAAGUACAUAUAGUGAUAUGGAAAAGUUUAACAGUGAUGAAGGAAAGUACAUACAGUGAUGUGGGAAAGUACAUACAUUGAUGUGGGAAAGUACAGACAUUGAUGUGGGAAAGUACAUACAGUGAUGUGGGAUGUACAUACAGUGAUGUGGGAAGGUACAUACAGUGAUGUGGGAAAGAGCAUACAGUGAUGUGGGAAAGAGCAUACAGUGAUGUGGGAAAGUACAUACAGUGAUGAGGGAAAGUACAUACAGUGAUGUGGGAAAGAGCAUACAGUGAUGUGGGAAAGAACAUACAGCGAUGUGGGAAAGAACAUACAAUAAUGUUGAAUAGUACACACAGUGAUGUGGGAAAGUACACAAGUACACACCUAGAUGUGGGAAAGUACACACAGUGAUGAGGGAUAGUACAUAUAGUGAUGUGGGAUAGUACAUUAGUGCUCGGAAUCGCCAUGAUAUUGAAGAUCGAUUAUCGGGCUGUCAAGAUCGAUCGAUAAUCAAGUUUCGGUUUGAAUAUGUGCUCAAUAUUGUUAGAUUUUAGAAACAACACGGACUAUUCGACCAGUAUUAUUUCGAUGUAAAUGGAAGUUUACUUAGCAACUUUGGAACAAAUUGAAUGCAUACUAGAUCUAGCGUGAGUAUGAUGAGCAUAUCUGAAAUCAACAUUUACCGAUAGACCUUCAUUUUUGUUGUCUUUCAAUCACGGACGACUGACAGGGACACAAGUCCGACCGUGCAUAUACAAGCAAAUCAGAUUUGAUAACUCUAGUCUGUAUGUAUUUUGGAUUAAAAAGAAUUUGAUAUGGUUAUCAAUUGA